UUCUCUGUCCACUUCUUAUCUUUCAUCAUCUCCCACCUCUCUCCAUCUCUCUUUCUCUCUGCACACUUUAUUAUAUUCUUCUCUCUCUACUUCUUAUCUUUCAGCAUUUCAUUCCUCAAUUCUCGACCGUUGCCCUCUCUCUGUCUCUGUGGCCACACUUUAUUGCUUUCUCUAAGUCAGAUUCGUCAGUUACGGUCGAGACAAAAACGAAGUAAGGAGAGGAGGAUCGUUUCAUGGCUAAGAGCUCUGUAGAAGGGAUUUCAUCAGAUAGUGAGGAGGCUCAUCCCUACGCCUUCCACAUAUCUGGACCUCGAAACGUUUCUUCUCCCAGUUGGAGAGAUCUCAUCAACUCUAGCUGGAAGGAUGCCAACUACAGAAGGACAGUCAUAGCCUGCUUCAUACAGGCAGUGUACUUGCUUGAACUUGACAGGCAAGAGAAUAGAGUAGAAGCCACUGCCCUUGCUCCAAAAUGGUGGAAGCCCUUCAAGUACAAGCUCUCCCAAGUAUUAUUGGAUGAAAGGGAUGGUUCCAUUUUUGGGGCCAUACUGGAAUGGGACCGAUCAGCGGCACUGGCUGACUUUAUUCUGAUAAGACCUAGUGGUGCUCCAAGUGCUGUUCUAGUCCUCAGAGGAACAUUACUGAAGAGCCCCACAAUUAGAAGGGACAUAGAGGAUGAUCUUCGGUUUCUAGCAUGGGAAAGCUUGAAAGGGUCUGUUAGAUUUAAUGUGGCUCUGAAUGCACUAAAAUCAACAGUGGAGAUAUAUGGGAGUUGCAAUGUAUGCAUUGCUGGCCAUUCCUUAGGAGCUGGGUUUGCUCUCCAAGUGGGUAAAGCACUGGCAAAGCAAGGAGUUUUCGUGGAGACCCAUCUGUUCAAUCCACCAUCUGUGUCACUAGCCAUGAGUUUGAGAACCAUUGGAGAGAAAGCUGAGUUUGUCUGGAAGAGAUUCAAAUCAAUGCUUCCUUCAAAUGCUGAGACCCAGAGUAAUGAAGAAUUGAAUGCACAGAAGACUAUUGCUAGUGCAGGAAGAGGAGGGAGAAGUGGAGAAAUGAAGAAAUGGAUCCCACAUCUGUAUGUGAACAACAGUGACUAUGUCUGUUGCUAUUAUACGAAUCCAGCCGAGACAACGGCAGUUACUCAGGUUGACAGUGGUGAGGCCUCUGGAAAAGAGAACAAGGAUCCUGGUCAUGAUGGGCAUGUAGCAGCAAAGCUGUUUGUGAUGUCCAAGGGCAAACAAAAAUUUCUUGAGGCUCAUGGAUUGCAGCAGUGGUGGUCUGAUGACUUGGAACUCCAACUGGCUCUCCAUAACAGCGAGCUUAUAACCAAGCAACUGAAGUCCUUGUAUACUCUUCCCCCUCCACCAACACCAUUACCACUGCAGAGCAAACCUAGAUAAUCCUACUACAAAUGUAAAAGAGAAGAACAUCAUUUUAAUUCUCUGACCAUUUCAUUUAGCAUGGAAAAUACUGACUACUGAUAAGCAAUCUUGUGAAGCUAGAGUCUGACUCUUACAGCUUGAGCGGAAUUAUAAUGAUAGCGCCAUAGUGCUGUUUAAUGGAUGCCUAAACAAGUGUUAAAAAACAAGUGUGGAAGUUAUAUGUCCAUUCCUAUUUCAUGAAGCUGACUUUCAUGUCAUUACUGUUC